AUGUGGCCAGUAAGUCCUCCUGAGGAAUUGAAAAUUCAUGACAGGUUCACUGAAUUCGAAGAUAACAUUACCCUGGAUAUUAACGACAAUGAAAUUUUACAAACAGUACCGGUACCUCAAGCUAAUAUCCUAAUUAUGCUUACUCCAGGGAGAGUGCUUGUAUACAACUUCAAACCUUUAGCAUUAGUGGCUACUCAUGAACGUACGGCUGAGUCUAUAGUCGACUUUGGUGUGAAUGUAAGAAUGUCAUCUUCAGUAGUAUUUAUCGAUGAGGUUGAGGGAUUAGUAUCCAGGGCAGAUGCAGAAUAUCUUCCUUACCAUAAGGGUAAAAUCGUUUUUUAUGUUUCUACAGAUAAAAAUUAUUUAUUAGCAUAUCAAAUUCUUAAAAAUGCUACAAAUUUAGUUACUUUCAGAGAUUUUGGCAUUCCAGUUGUUGCUGCCUCCACUAAAUGUAAGAAAUUUAAUCCAAAUGAAGAAGAUACCAGAGAUGAUAAUACAUUGACUGUAGUGCAAAAGAAUAACCAAAGUAUGGUAAUUCAAAAUGGUUAUUUGACAAAAAGAGGAAAAGGGUUUUUUCAAAAUUUUAAAAUGACAGUAGAGGCUCAAGAAGAAUUGGCAGUGAAAAGAUUAGAAUUAAGAUUAAAGGUUAUCUUGAAGUUCGAUCACGAAAUUAUAGAUUUUUUGGGUUUCAAAAAUUUUGAUUCAAUCGACAAGGAAACCUUGGAAGAGAAUUUGUUGUUAUUAUUCCCUCAUGGUUUGCAAAUUAUUCAUUUUAAUAAUUUUAAAGUACAAAAAUCAGAAUUAGUUAAAGUUAACGAUGGUAAAAAGAUAAUUGUGGUCUCCAAACAUCUUUUCGUUAUUUCAGAAACAAAUGGUAAUGAAACAAUUAUAAAUGAGAUAGAUAUAGUCAAAAGGCAUGCAUUUGCUAAAGAUCUUAAAUCGACAGAAAAAUUAAUUUCGUCAUUUCAAUAUAAAGAUACUUUAACGCUUGUAAAAGAAAAUAAGAUUGAAUUUUAUAAACCAAAAUCAAGCGAAUUAAUUACAGAAUUGUCUACUAAUUUUAAAAUCAAAUUCUGUGAUAGAUUGACUAAUAACGUUUUACUUUUAAUAUCAAAUAAAAAUUCCAUGUAUUUGUACUCAGAAUUUGGUAAUUUGCUAUUUUCAACAGAAAUUGAUGAAGAUAAUACCUACGGCUUUGAUUAUUCAGAUUUUGCAUAUUAUGACAUGCGUUUGAUUGCAGUUUCUAAAACAGGCCACUACCAAUCUUGGAAUUUCUGGCAAGAAUUACCCCAGAGUCACUACGAUUUUAAUAGUCCUACUUCAUUCGUAGUUCAUAAUCUGAAUAAUGAUAUUUCAUUAUACUCUACUUCUGUUGAUCCAUAUGCAAAAAAUGAUAUAUUGUUAAAUUUGAAACUUCCGACACGUACCGUUAACAACUGUGUGCCAAUUGUUAGAAUCAACAGUAAUUCUACACUAAUUGUUGCAUAUGUUUCAAAUAAAAACAUUCUAUUAGUACAAAAUGUGGAAACUGGUAUUUGGUAUCCAUUUUUAGAUCAAAUAAUAAUCGAUUUUCAAUGGUUAGGUAAUAACUAUUUGGUAUGUCACAUAAAAAAGAAUGGUAAUAAUAUUAUUCGUUGUUUAAGAUUGCCAUUGGAGGGUUUAGAUAAAAAAUCGUUCAUGGAAUACGUUAUUUGGGAACAUUCUAUACCAAACGAUAUCAAUGAUUUCCGUUUCGUAGUGAAUACAUUGUUCAGGCACAAACAAAUAAAGAAGAAGAGACCUAGUUCCGAAGCAGAUAACAAUACUGAAGAUAUGUUCAAAACGGGUGAAAUAAUUUUGUUAUUUGAUAAUUAUAUCACUGUGAUUGACGUUAUUUCCAUACCCCAUGCAUCUGGUAUUAAUGUAAUCAAGAAAUUUCAUCAAUAUCUGGAGAUUAAUAUCCCACCAGAGAUUUCGAUGGAAUUUAUUAGUUGGAUCACCAACUAUAAAGAUGGCUUAUUGGUUUACGCUGGAAGUAAAAUUUAUAAAGUUGUUCGUGGAAUCAAGGACGAAGAUUGGAAAGUUGAAGUUUUAUUAGACAGAGUUGAGAGAAUAAUCGAUGUCUUAAAAGAUGAUAUAUAUCUGAUUCAAAAUAAGUGUGUUCAGUUAUAUACACUAGAGAAUAUUUGGAACAUGAAAAAGAAAUCACUAGCAAUCCCAGUGGAUGAUGAUUUUUAUCCGAUUUCUGUAUUACCUGAAUCUGCAACUUUACAUGGAAUCCAUAUAAUAUAUCGUCCUCAAAGCACAAAAUGUACAGUCAAGCAUGAUAUUUAUUUAGAUAAAUUACUUUCAAUGAAAUUAUCAGAAGGCAUUGAUCCAUCUGAACUAUCUGCCCAAUAUGGAACAUUGAAGCAUUAUUAUUUUGCACUAGAAAAAAUAUUAUCUCAAAAGAUUUUGGACAAUGAACCAUUAGAUGGCAUUAUUAAAUUAAUUAAAAAGACAUGUGAAGUACAAGUAAAUGGGUUUAUUAGAAACGAUAAUACCAAUUUAUUGGAGAUAAUCAGUAAUUGCCUAAGGAAAAUUGAAACCAAGCAUUGGAAUUAUCUAUUCCAAAGUCUAGAACUGACACCUAAGGAUCUAUUGGCAUUAUGUAUUGAAUCAAACGAUGUGAAACUAUUAGGCGUACUGUUACUGGUGUUUUUAAACUACAAUGAAUCUGAUCUGGUGGACAAUUUAAGGGAGGAAAUGGAAAACAACGAGCCCCAAUUAAAAGACGUCACAGGAGAAAGGCAAGAAUCGUCAUCCACUGUUGCUAACGUCUUAAGAGACGAGCAAUUGAUGUUAGAAGUUUUAAGAUUAUUAGUUACAGGAGCUGCAGCAAGUUCAGACAAACAAAAAGCAUCGGAAUCUUGGGAUAUGUGUUUUCAAUUGAUAAGAUUGCUAAAGGAAUUAGACAAAGAAAACAAAACACAAUUGGUUAAUAAAGCAAUGAGUAUACUGACAUGA